AUGGCUGAAGGUACCAUUGGCUCCCUCCAGUUAAAGAAGCACUCUCUAACAAUUAAAGUACUUUCUGUUGAAUUGAAAAAAACUCACAUACCAAUCUCGAAUCCAUUUAAUGAUGAGAAUCCGCUGUACUCUUUGAGCUUCAAACUGUGGGGCUCGAACGGCGAGAUUGUCAACCCCGCUACGAUUAGCCUGGACAACUGGGCCCAAUUGCUUGUGAAGGUUCAAGGGGCCAAUUUAGACGAAUCAGAAGAAUCAUUGAAGCACUUGAAGUUGAUCGGCAUCCCCCAGUUUUCCGACAAUAAGCCCAGUUUGGAGUCCCUGUCCAGGUCACCAUUCUACCUCGAAAGUGACAACUGCGUCGCAAUUAACAAGAUCUUUGAAUUCACCGUGAAGUUCAAACCUUAUUCUACGACUGUUCCAUGGGGCUUUUGCGGCGACGUUAUCUGGUUUUUGAAGAAUGACCCUGAACCGCCUGUGUCGAUCCUAACCCCAACGCAGUUGGAGGUGUAUGCCAUCGUUGAGGAUAUAGCACUGGCCUACCAAAAACUCGGCAUUCCUCGAGAACUAUUGAAGCUUUUUGUUCUUCCGACAAUCGAACAAAAGAUCGCUAAACUUGAGGAUUGGACCAACUGGGUAGUACGCAGAUGCCACGCAUCAAAAUAUGAUGUCGAGCCUUUGGGAUCCAUUGAGCGUAUUCACUGCUACCGCUAUGAUAUCGGAGGGGGCAGACGGAACUUCCUCAGCGACGUGAUGUUUGAUCUGGAUAGCUGGUUGAAGAACCGUUUCGAGGAAAUGGAGGGUCAGCGGAAACCACAACGAAUCAACUGCUACGACCAGGCCGGCCUAGUGAAUUGUUGCUUGUUCCUCGGAUACCCGUAUAAAUUCAAGGGAGGAGAUGACGUAAAGAGCCUCCCAAAAUGGUUAACUAAGAACAACAAGCAGAACAUCGACCUUGGAGUAGAGAAAUUCACCAUAGGUGUGUGGUGGAAGGGGUGUGAGAAGAAGGCGCAACAUAUACCCCGAUUCGGAUAUAUCAACGAAACAGAUUUAGUGGGCUGGGGCAUCACCAAUGAUCCGUUCUUUCGACAUGCUCUCACCGGAGAAGCACGAUCCGAUUUCAAGAACCACAAAUGGGUAAGUAUUCGCAGCGGAGGAGACAUCCUGGCUGCGGAUGCCUGCGCUGGUCCUGCUUUGCCGUUCACGAAGGUUCCCGAUGUCUCUCCUGUGACUUUCGCAGGUGCAACAAUUGACGACUAUCUUGACUCGGUCAUCGAUGUGGAAGGAAUACCCGCUGAUGAGAAAGAAGUGGCAUGGAAGUACAAAGAUUUCAAAUUGCACGAUGCCCGCUUGACGCAACCUGUGCAAACAAUUGGAUCUAUUCACGAAGAAUGGAAGUAUUACGAUUUUGACGAACCUGUCGAGAAAAGGAUUCGAGACCUUCUAAUCGAGGAGUCUAAGCCAAUUCUUUUGAAUGUUGACGACCUCUUGGACUUCAUCAGGGCCAAAUUCCCAACGAAGCGCGGAUGGGCAGUGCCAAGGCAUUGCAUACAGACUGUUGCAAACCGCUCAAACAUCACCUUGCAUUUAUAUCAUAAUUCCAAGGAAGAGCCACACAAUAUGGAUAAUGCAACGUCAGUUCCGCCAAAUGCCACCAGAAAAUAUCUAUUUAUUGAAGUUGAUAUCAUGAAGACUCUGGAAGCAGCAUUGAACCAAGCACGAACUGAAGCUGCGGGUUUCUCAUCAGGUUUAAAUCACCUGGUGACCUUCGAAGUUGAGCCUGAAUGCCAGGCACACCAUGUCUCUGGGGAGAAACACGAAUGUUUGGACGCAGACCUUCACUUGAAGCCGGCAGAGGGCAUGGCCACUCAGUACGUGAUGAUAUUUUCAAAUAUCCUGAUUCAUAUCAGGGGAGAAGGCAUGGAUCAAGAGGCGGCGAAUUUGAGCAAGGAUGUGAGGCUUUACAUCAACAAGAUCAGAAGCGAUGAUUUGGCAGCAGAGGCAAAAUCGAAUGAAGAUGGAACGCAGGAGAGUAUUGUCUCUCGGGAAUUAAAGGAGUUUCUAAAUGUGAAAAUGCCCAAGUCAAUAAAGGUUGGCCUAGAGGUGGAGAUCCCAAUUAAAUCCCCCGACUUUCCCCACUUCGCCAAGAUCGCCCAAAUGAAUAUCCAUUCUGAAACAGGCAAUAUCUACAUUCAGCAACCCAUCUGGGGUGAUGAUGGAUGGACCAUCCGAUUCAUGGCACGGACAACGGAAAAUACUGUCCUUGUUGAUGGUGAGUGGAAGAAGGUCGAACAUGACACACUGAAAAUCACUUUCGCCGAAAUAUCCACCUACACCCCUGGUACUUUGGAAUACGGUGUGAAUAUCGACGCGGCAUGA